GGUACAUGCGGUUCAUGAGUACGGGGUGCGCAAGCGAUCCCGCCUGCGCUCGACGCAGGAUCGUCUGUUGUUGCCUGUCAGAGAGCUGCUAUCGAGCAAACCUUCAGCACCUUCAAGCUCUCCCUCAUCAAGCAACAAGUCAAUCAACUCCUGCUGCUUGUCUGAACUAGCAUUCUGGUCUUCAACUGUCAAAAGACAUGAUGUCCUAGAGGGGACGUCUUUAGUGACACGAGUUUGGAACCCUGCACUACAAAUCCUGCCACCAUGGAGUCGCUGUUUGGGCCUGAUUCAGAGGAGCUGUGGCUGCCCCCGGAGGCAGCUGAGGGAAAUGUCGAGUACAAGCUGAAGCUGGUAAACCCAUCACAGAGCCGCCUGGAGCAUCUUGUAACCCAGAUGAAGUGGAGGCUACGCGAGGGCCAGGGCGAAGCCAUCUAUGAAAUUGGCGUGGAGGAUGGAGGCCUGCUGGUGGGACUGAGUGCGACUGACAUGGCGGCCUCCUUGGCCACUCUGGGGUGCAUGGCCACCAAACUGGGUGCCUCGCUGACUGUGCUGCGUGAGCGCUCCAUAGGAAAUGCCCGCAAGGCAGCUGAGGUGCUGGUGCGCAAGGUGCCCGAAGACCAGCAGAGCAUUGAGAUCCGGGUGGCCGUGCUGGGCAGUGUAGAUGUUGGCAAGAGCACUGUUCUGGGUGUACUCACACAGGGCGAGCUGGACAAUGGCCAUGGUAGUGCAAGGCUCAACCUUUUUCGGCACCUGCACGAGAUUCAGACAGGGCACACGUCAUCAAUUAGUCGUGAGAUCCUGGGCUUCACAAGCCAGGGGCAGCCAGUCACGUAUGGCCGCUGUCGCAGCCCGGAGGAGCUAUGCGAGCGCUCGGCCAAGCUCAUCACUUUCAUCGACUUGGCUGGACACCACAAGUACUUGCGCACCACUGUCUUUGGACUCACAGGUCACAGUCCACACUUUGUCAUGAUGGUUGUAAAUGCUGCAAGCGGGCUGACUGGCACAGGCCGUGACCACCUUUUGCUUGCCCUGGCUCUUCAGGUGCCGUUGGCCAUCGUGGUGAAUAAGGUGGACACAGUGGGAUCGGCAACUUUGGCCAAGACCCUGGCACAGCUGCAUAGCCUGCUCAAGGGUCCCGGCUGCAAGAAGCUUCCCCUGGAGGUGCUCUGUGAGGACGAUGCCCUGACCGCAGCAGCACGGGUUCGUGAGGGCAGUGUGGUGCCUGUGUUCCUGGUGUCGUGUGUGAACGGUGACGGCCUAGGCCUGCUCUACACGUUCCUGCAUGUGCUGCCACCUGGCCACGGGCCCAAGGAGCGUGAUGGGCUCAUGCGCCUGGCUCCCGAGUUCCAGAUUGACGAGACCUUCCAGGUGCCUGACGUUGGUCCCGUUGUGGGCGGCCUGCUGACGCGAGGUGUACUGCGUGAAAAUGAUCGGCUGCUGGCAGGGCCCAGCCAUGAUGGCAGCUUCCAUCCUGUGCGGGUGGUGUCAGUGCAGCGACACCGGGUACCUUGCCGCCUGGUGCGUGCUGGGGAAAGUGCCACCCUGGCACUGGCACCCAGCGCAGGAGCCCUGCUUCGCCGAGGCACGGUGCUCUGCAGCCCGGCAGAUGUGCGCCCCACAGCUACGCGCCUAUUCCGAGCACGCGUGCGUGUGCUUAGCCACCCGGGACGCCUGGCAGUGGGAUUCCAGGCAUUGGUGCAGGCUGGCAAUGUGCAGCAGGCUGCUGUAGUGGUGGGUGUGCGUGGGGGAAGCAGUGCGAGCCUUGGGGUCACUGACCGGGGGGUGCUUCUGUUCAAGUUUGUGCGACAGCCUGAGUGCCUGCAGCCAGGCAGCCGCCUGCUCUUCCACCAAGGGCAGGCACGAGGCAUUGGAUGUGUCCUUCAGGUGUACCCGCUGCACGUCCCAGCUGCCCUGCACUGAGCUCAACAGAAGAAUGCAGGUGCUGAUAAUAGUGCAAGGCAGAGCAGUGGUGGCCGUCAUUGGAGUUACUGUUCACACAGUGUCAAACACUGCAACUGCAGACCUAUGUGCAUGUCCGCCUAGCAGCAAAGGAUACAAGCAGAAGAUCAUUGCAAAGCCCUUGGUGGCUAACUUAGCCACAAGGGUGCAGUACUGCUGAGGAGAGCGGUAACAUGUCACAUCUCUCUGGGCUUUCCUGCAACAAUUCUGUUCUCACCAAAAAUGUCGAGGGGAACAGUGCCUCCUUGCCCUAGAAAGCACAUAAACCAUCAAGUUGCAUCUGCACAUUUAAAUGUGGUGUGCUCUUUCCCUACCUUCUUGCUGCAGAAUAUGUUCCCCAACAUUUUGGAAAUGUGCAGAGACUUCUUAGCUGUCCUGUUCAUUUGAAUGUUGAUAACACAUUAUUGUGGUGUGUAAGACUUCAAGUGCAGUAAUGCUGCUAAAUGCAUUUCGGCUUGAGCACAUUGCAUGGUGCUGAUGCACAGGAAUAUGGAUUGAAGCACACAAUAUUGAAUGCCGUGGUCAAAGUCAUCGCACUGGCUGCACAAGGCUGUGACGUGAAGGCUCGCUGGUGUGCACACCAGUGGCAUCCACCUGACAUCACUGACCUGUGUAUGUGGCAAUUCUAUGGAAACACCAUCACGAAGUGGCCCUCAUUUGUUGCUGACCGACAUGGCCCGGCAUCGCCAUCACUUUUCACGCAGCCUGUUGAAGUGCUUUUCACAUACUCAUAAGCCAUUGUGAUUCUUCACAAAUGCCCACAAUGUGGGAGGAACUCCUGUUUCAGUUUUAACCUUUUAGUGUUUUAGUGAGACUGUCUUUGCUGAACAUAUUUGUGCAGGGCCUUGCUUAGAGGCUUGUGAUCUUGUUUUUGAACCUAAUUUGAUCAGUAUCUUAUGUGCAAGAAAUGGCACCAUGCUAGUCAUUGCAAGUGCAAAGACCCAGCCUCAUGUUGCUUAAGACUUCACAGUGGAGAGAAACGCAUGAAAAGUUGGAAAGUGAAUAAAUACUGUUCUAUUGUUAUGCACUUUUGUCGUGUGACCUUAGCUUAAGUACACUGUUGUUGGAAAAAAGGGGAGCCGAGUGCCUUUUGCAAACCACAACCUUUCAUGCCUUGUAGCUGCUGUCUUGUGAUAUAUUCUUCCUGUGUCACAAUCACAGUAAUUUCACUGGUUAGUGUACCAUUCAUAUUCGUAGCCAGUUAUAACCACCAGAGAGAGCUGAAAAUCAUCACUAAUCGACCACUGAUCAGCUGUGUUCACCUGGUAGAUAACCAACCAAGUUAGAUGAAACUGGAAACCACACAGGAAACCCACAUGGGUUCCAUUAAAAGAAGAUAAAAAGCGAAAGAAAAAAGAGAAGCUCUGCAAUGGGAAAGAAAACUGUCCCGUCCAAGAGUCUUAAAAUUUUAAAUACUUGGCAAAAAUUUUUCAGACAACUAUUUCUGUGCAAAUGUGCAAGAAGAGAGAGUAACAACUGUCUCUUCUUGUACAUUUUAACAGGUCAUAUGACGUGCAAACACUUCAGUAAAGCAUUUCACAUGUAACUAUGACUUACACUGCAGCCAUACUCGUGGCCCAACACUUUAUUUUUCAUGUUUUAGCAGUUUAAAUAUUGAGCUUUGUUUCCGCUACGGUCUUAUUAGCUUACUUCAAUAAAAUUGGAGUUGAUAUGUUUGAUCUCAA